GGGGGAAAAAAAGCCAAGUUACACGAUGAAAAUGAAAAAAUAAGCGGCCCAUCCGCGCGGAUAUUUGCCGCCGCGACCGCGAGCGUCGCGUUUUGUGCCGGCUGACGUCGACCCCGCCUGUAGAAACCCGUGGAACCUUCGAAAUAAGAGCUCGGUGUUUUUCCGCGCGGUUCCCGCCGCGGAGACGGUUCUGAGCGGCUCCCGGGGCGACACGUGGCGGCCCCGGGUGGCCGGGACGGCCGGGGCAGCCUGGGGGGUUUACUACAGCCCGUGUGGACCGGGAGGAGCCGGCAGAGGUCGUUUCCUCCGGCCGUGGAGCCGCCGGAGCCGCGGCCCGCCAUCACGCAGGCGGGAGCUUUUAUUUUCCAAAACUGCUGCUGCAGAUCACGGUGAUCACCUGUCAGGCUCUACCUGCCCCGAACUAAGGAACCUUCAGACUCACAGUUGAGAGGAGGGGAAGCUCCAGCAGCUCAUUCACACAUGGCAGUGAUGGCGCACAUCACCAACCACGGCCGGCUGCUGCUGCAGCGCCUGCACCAGCAGCGGGAGAUGGACUUCCUGUGCGACAUAACCAUCAUGGUGCGGGACGUCGAGUUCAGGGCUCACCGCAACAUCCUCGCCGCCUUCAGCGACUACUUCUCCUGUCAGGCUGAACGGGGUCAAGAGGUCACGACCUUGGACCCCGACAAGGUCAGCCGCUACUCCCUGGAGAAGCUCCUGGAGUUCAUCUACACCGGCCAGAUGAACCUCAGCAGCACCAGGCAGUCGGCCGUGCGGCGCGCCGCCAUCUUCCUGGGGAUGGCGGAGGCCACCAAGUACCUGGAGGAGAUCCCUCACUGGUCGGAGGCCAGCGAGACGUCUCAGUCGGAGGUGGAUAAGGAGCCGGGCGACUCCCCGCCCAGCCCCGGCUCCCCGGGGAGCCCCAGCUCCCCGGUGCCCCUGUCCAUCGUCUCCGUCACGGGGGACUGGCACGACGACGGCAAGGAGGCCGGAGACCAGGACUACAAGCCGGGGGAGGAGGACGUGGAGGAGGAGGAGGAGGAGGGGAAGAGCGACGAGGAGUACACGCCCACCAGGAGCGUGGCCAGGGGGGGCGGCCGGAAGAGAGGCCGGCGGCCGAAGAGCCUCGGCGGGGAGCCGGCGGAGCAGAGCGGCCCGGCCGACCCGACCCCCAAGGCCCAGGGCCACCGGGGGCGGGGCCGAGGGAGGGGGCGGGGCCGCGGCAGAGGCCGGGGGGCGUCCAGGGCGGAGUCCAGGGCGGAGGAGGUGGCGGUGGGGGAUUCUGACGCCAGCGGGAAGGACUUGGGCGACACGUCGGCGGACUGGAGCCUGUCGCUGGACGAAGAGUCUCCCCCCAAGAAGAAGCCGCGGCCGAGCGAGGGGAGGAGGGGGCGCGGCCGCGGGAGGGGCCGGGGGCGAGGCCGGGGCCGCGGCCGGAGGAGGGUGGAGGAGGCGGACGAGGACAGCGGAGAGAACGGGGAGGCGGAGUCCGGGGAGGCGGAGCCUGGGGAGGCAGAGCCCGGGGAGCUGGACCCGUCGGACCCGGCGGGAGAGCUGUCGCUCACCUGCACGGAGUGCAACAAGGUGUUCAAGGACCUGAGCAGCCUGCGGCGCCACGAGAAGAUCCACAAGGGCCUGAAGCCGUUCUCCUGCAUCUUCUGCUCCAAGACCUUCAGGCAGGCCACGCAGCUCAAGACGCACCUGCGCAUACACACAGGCGAGAAGCCGUUCAGCUGCAGCGACUGCGACAAGUGCUUCGCCCAGAAGUGCCAGCUGGUCGCCCACCGCCGCAUGCACCACGGCGAGGAGAAGCCGUACACCUGCGAGCGCUGCGGCUUCAAGUUCGCCACCUCGUCCAACUACAAGAUACACAUCAGGCUGCACAGCGGGGAGAAGCCGUACGUGUGCGACAUCUGCGGCCAGGCCUUCGCCCAGUCCAGCACGCUGACGUACCACAAGCGGCGGCACACCGGCGAGAAGCCGUACCAGUGCGACCUGUGCGGCAUGUCCUUCUCCGUGUCGUCCUCGCUCAUCGCCCACGCACGGAAGCACACGGGUGAGACGCCGUACAAAUGCUCGCAGCUGAAAUGUGACGCCAAGUUCGUCACGUCGUCGGAGCUGAAGAAACACAUGCGGCGACUCCACCCCGACGGGAACUCGGGCGUUCAGUGUCUGCUGUGCGGGAACCGCUUCGCCAGCGUGAAGAACAUGAUCAAGCACCAGGAGAAGGCCCACGCCGACGAGGUGCGGCAGCACAAGGAGCGAGCGAGAGCCGUGGUCCUGCUGGCGUCCAGCCAUCCCGUGGCCUUCGUCCAGAGCAAACUGUCCCAGGAGAGCAAGGGCCUGGUGUCCAUCCCCGAGGGCGAGCCGGCCAACCCCGAGCCCACCACCCCCGACCCCAAAGCUCCGUCUCCCGAGGCCGUCUCCGAGCCGGCGGCCGACGCCACCAUCCAGGACUUCAAGUCGGAGCCCAUCCCCCACCCUCUGUCCUCCGCCGAGCAGGUGGCGUUCGACGCCGACCAGGAGCAGACCAUCAACUCGGACACGCUGCACGCGCUGGUGGAGCAGCUGCGGCCGGCGGCCUCGCCCGCGCCGGGCCUGGAGCAGAUCGUCAUCAUCAGGACGGUGGACACGGCCGAGAGCAACGCCCCCCAGCAGUGAGCGGGGCCCGGAGCAGGAUCCUCCCAGUAGCCAGACGUCCCCGCGUUGCCCCCGAGUUCAGCUCUUCACGGUUCGUCCAUUUCUGUCGAUUACAAAAGAGACGGAGACGCGUUUAGAUGGAAACGCGCAUCCAGAAGCAGCAGCGCAGCGACCUGAUCGGUGUGUUUCAACCCGGAUUCAACGUUCUUCCAGUUAACCAGGAACAUGUUUUAACUCCUUCUGUAGUCUGCUACAGCUCAGACGUUAGUUACGACACCGGCGCUUUAGCGCUUUAGCGCUUUAGCGUUCUAGGACUGUGGUCUAUAAAAGCCUGAGAUGUCAACGUGAUGUUAAACGGAGAGGCUGAAGAUCUUCCCGCCUGGACCGGCUUCCUGCUCCGAGCAGGAGUUGAGCGUCAUCUUUCUACCCAACACACUGAUUAUUCCAGUCCAAAUAAACGAAUCCAAAUCCUUUUGGAUUAUAUUUUUGUCAAAGAAUAAUGAGGAAAUACUUUCUUUCUUUUUUAAAGUUAACUAAAUGAAAAUAGAAAAGAUGAAAAAUAAUGAAAACAUUUUGUCAAACAGUCCAAAACUAAAGGAAAAGCAUUAAUUCAUCUCAUCCAGACUCCAGACCCGUUCCCAUCUAAAAUAACCCCAAAGUUCUGGAGGACGAGUGUUUUUCUCACAAACUUCUGCCGUGGUGUUUUUUCAAAAGCAGGAAUUUGAAGGUUUUUAUGGUCCAGAAACGAUCCGUUUGCAUUAAUCUCCGGGCGCAGAUCGCCGCCGGCGCCCGUUCCUGCCUGUGCGUUGUGACGCCGUCAACGACGUCAACGACCCUCCCUGACUUUUACGUGUGCGUGGUGACGAGGAGACGAACUGCUGUCACAUCCCACGUGUUCUCCAUCGCUCACGUGGCUUCUGUUGCCGUGGCAACGGCCAACAACCGAGUAGGAGGAGCCUCACCAACCUGCAACAGUCAUUUAAGCUUUUGUGUUGUUUUAAAUUUAACUGUAGUUAGUAGGAGCUUCACAAUCACAGUUCUUUUUCUCCUUUUUUACAUCUUGUAGUGUUUCCCAUCUACCGGCGGCCUCGUAGGUGUUAGUGCAGAGCUGUGGACGUAUUAGAAGCCGCUCGUUUUCUCUCCCUAAUCAUUUGUUUCUGUGUUGAGGUUUUAAACUGGCUGUACAUUAGGCAUUUUAGUCAGCUUGAAAGUAAUUUGGUCAUGUCGUGCUUUGUUUUGCAUUACCUGAGGAUUUCCCACGAGUUCAUCACUGUAAAAUAAAAUGAAAUAAAGCUGCCACAGAGCAGGAAAAUAAAGACCAAAAAGGGACGAUCAUCGUUGUGUGGUGGUUGAUUUCUGAGGAUCAUGUCCCACAACAUCUACCACUCUAACUGAAACCUCCCACGUAAACAUCACACAAUAAUAAAGGAUA